UCAGAGUUGAACUGGGAUGGCAGGCAGCUGCGGGGCUGACACGUAACUAAAGUUAAAGGUGGUAUGGAGGCCUCGUCGGGGACUUGAGGUUUUCAUUUCCCAUAAGCUUAUUUAAAUUGCGUCGGAAAAGUUAACAUCUGCAAGGGGAAACAAAGACGCAAGCGGGAGUCGUCAGCCUCGCUUUGUCCUGCAUUUCAGCAGCGCGGAGCUGGAGUUUGACGUGAAGUGAAGCGAAAAUCUGAGCGGCUACUUUGAAGUCACAGGGGAGAGUCGCGAGUGGAUGUGGCUAUGGGAAAAUAAUGUAGGUUAUACAUCGGCAAAUAUUAGCACGUAACACGUAUUUUCUGCUUGGAAAUGCUCGGGGAGUGAGGGCUUCUUUGGUCUUCGCCAGGAGGUAAAAAGUUGAAUCGGAAGUUUCCAGCGCCAGAGACGGGCUUUUCUCGAGCAUUCAGCGGGGAGGGGUGCGGGUCGAACAUGGGAAGCGGGGUGUGCUCCCGGAGGCAGCGGAGGAUCUUCCAGUGUCUCCUGCUGGUCACCGUGGUCUGUGGGAUAAUGUACGGGGGGAUGAUAUCGUAUGAGAUGCACAAACAGCUCAAGAGGACUGAGGCAAUGGCACUGAAGUACCAGCAACACCAAGAGUCACUUUCGGCACAGCUCCAAGUGGUGUACGAGCACCGCUCCAGGUUAGAGAAGUCUCUUCAGAAGGAGAGGUUAGAGCACAAAAAGGCCAAAGAAGGUAAGAAAAAUGACCUACGCUCAAUUACGACUCUUGAGGUAUGUCUCCAUUGAAAGGAGCUUUGGAAA